CAGUUUCAGGAAAAACACGGACAGGAUUAUUUGGAAUCUUGAGAAUAAUUAGUGAAAAAUGAGCCGAAUCUACCAUAACAUCUCUUUAAAAAACAAACCAGUACACAAUGAGAAAUAUGACCGUGUGUGGUCACCCGGAUCUCAUGAAAGUGGUCCUGGAGUAAUUCUUGAAGGAACGCUUGUUGAUGUUUCAAGACAUGCACUGACUGACGUCAACAAUCAGAAGGUUCGUUACCAUGUGCUCUAUGUCAAACCUCGACGCAUCCAUCGCAGGAAGUAUGACCCGAGUGGGAAGGAGAUAGAACCAAACUUCAGUGACACCAGAAAGGUCAACACUGGCUUCCUCAUGUCCUCCUACAAGGUGGAAGCUAAAGGGGAGUCAGACAUCCUGUCAGAGGAGCAGCUGUCAGCACUGAUACGUAAAGCCGAGCUGGUGAAGGUAACUGACAAGCACAGACCUGACGGCACAUGGGCCUUCUGGUACCCGGAAUGCGAAAUGGAGAAAACUGAGCUCGAGACUGAAACAGACAUUCGACUGAAGACUAGAGGAAACAGCCCUUUUAUAUUCUCCUUGGCUAAAGUAGAUGGUGGCACCGUGUCCAAGUGUAAUUUUGCUGGAGAUGAGAAUACUGGAGCAUCUUGGACAGACAAGAUUAUGGCCAACAAAACUGGAGGAGCUGACACUCAGAACACCGGAGAUGAAGGAGAGGGACCUCAGGACGAUGAAUGGGAUGACUAAAGAGAAAUCAUCAUCAUCUUGGAGCUUUUGGCCCAUCUCCAGAUUGAACUGCUUCAACUUCAGCCUGAUGUCUUGGAUCAAAUUGCUUUGGUAUACAAGACACCAAACUUAUUGCACAUGUGGCCUUGGUUUGAAUCAUUCCCAUGAGUAAAACUGACAAAG